UUACCUCUUGUGUACGAUUACUACAAAAUACUCGAAGUUGAUUAUGAUGCUACUGAAGAAGCUAUUCGAUCCAACUAUAUCCGUCCGGCAUUGGAUUUCCUCAAUCGGCACAAGGGUCUGAUAUUGACAUGCAAUGGCCUUGGUAUGAGAUAUUCAAUAUGGUAA